AUGCCUCUUGAAACUUUUGCAUCGCUUAGGCACAAGUAUAUGAAUCAAAAGCAUAAUAUGAGAGAACAAAAUGUUCCUCAAAAAAUAUCUCACCCCUCCCUGCUGAGAGACACUAGCAUGCAGACACAGGCCGAUCCACGACGACCAAACAGAAUCGUAAGGUUCAAAGCAGCAGAUCCACAGGCCAACAAUGCCAUCAGUGAUGAUCCUCUUCCCGAGUACAUGAACGUUUUGGGCAUGAUUUUCAGCAUGUGUGGAUUGAUGAUGAGGAUGAAAUGGUGUGCUUGGAUGGCAUUGUUGUGCUCUUGCGUUAGUUUUGCAAACACUCGAUCAUCUGACGAUGCAAAACAGAUUGUGAGCAGCUUUAUGCUUUCUGUUUCGGCUGUCGUGAUGAGCUAUCUGCAGAAUCCCCAACCAAUCAUUCCGCCUUGGGCUUCAUUCAUGUGAUAGGCAAAUUUGCCAUCGUAUUCUGCCUACUUAUAUUCGGUAUGUGCACUGGUUAAUCUAUUUAUGUCCUACAUCGCUCGAUAAAUAAUAUAAAAGAC